UGCAUAUGCUUUUCUGAAGAAGUCAUGGAAAUCAUUAUGGCAUACCGUACCCUUCUCUCCUUUGCGUUAUCAAUAAUUUUCUUGACAGUUUCCAUGUCAGGUUUUUCUCUUGUUCAAGCAGAAAAGUUAAGUUUCACUACUGAACUUAUUCACAGAGAUUCGCCAAAUUCUCCAUUAUUCAAUGCUUCAGAAACUACUGAUAUUCGCUUGGCAAAUGCAGUGGAACGUUCUGCUGACAGAGUCAAUCGGUUUAAUGAUUUAAUUUCCAACUCUAUUACUGCAGCUGAAUUUCCAUCAAUCUUGGAUAAUGGUGAUUUUCUCAUGAAAAUAUCAAUUGGCAUACCACCAACUGAACUACUAGUCAAUGUAGCUACAGGUAGUGAUCUUGUAUGGAUACCAUGCCUAUCCUUCAAACCAUGUACUCAUAACUGCGAUCUUCGUUUCUUUGAUCCCAUGGAAUCCUCAACUUACAAGAACGUUCCAUGCGAUUCCUAUCGAUGCCAGAUCACAAAUGCAGCUACUUGCCAAUUUUCUGACUGUUUCUAUUCAUGUGAUCCUAGGCAUCAGGAUUCCUGUCCGGAUGGAGACCUUGCUAUGGACACAUUGACCUUAAAUUCCACUACAGGCCAAUCCUUUAUGCUUCCAAACACAGGUUUCAUUUGUGGUAAUCGCAUUGGUGGAGACUAUCCCGGAGUUGGCAUUCUUGGCCUUGGACAUGGCUCACUUUCCUUACUAAACAGGAUUUCUCAUCUAAUUGAUGGAAAAUUUUCUCACUGUAUAGUGCCAUACUCAUCAAACCAGACCAGUAAAUUAAGUUUUGGUGACAGAGCAGUAGUUUCAGGUAGUGCGAUGUUUUCGACACGAUUAGAUAUGACCGGGGGGCCAUACAGUUACACUCUUUCAUUUUAUGGAAUUAGCGUAGGAAACAAGAGCAUAUCAGCUGGAGGUAUCGGUAGUGAUUAUUAUAUGAAUGGCCUUGGCAUUGAUUCAGGGACUAUGUUCACAUACUUUCCAGAGUAUUUCUAUAGUCAAUUAGAAUAUGACGUUCGAUAUGCAAUUCAACAGGAACCUCUUUAUCCUGAUCCUACUCGAAGACUGAGACUUUGCUACAGGUAUAGUCCUGAUUUCAGUCCUCCAACGAUCACGAUGCAUUUCGAAGGUGGAAGUGUGGAAUUAAGCAGUUCAAAUUCCUUCAUAAGAAUGACUGAAGACAUUGUUUGCCUUGCUUUCGCCACUUCUUCUUCUGAGCAAGAUGCUGUCUUUGGAUAUUGGCAACAGACGAACCUCUUGAUAGGCUAUGAUCUUGAUGCAGGUUUUUUAUCUUUCCUGAAAACAGACUGCACCAAAUAUUAAACUAGGUCCUCUUUGCUAUCAUAAGUUCCUUUCUUGUCUUUUAAUUAUCCUCAAAUGAUGACCUUGUGACUAAUUACUUGGCUGUGAACCUUAAGCACAUGGCAUGAUUCUGUGGAUACAAAUUAGACAAGAAAAAUAGUAACCUUUCUGUACAUCAUUUCCACAGAUCAGAAUCACAUAUUCUAAAAAUCACCCAAGAUCCGAAUUAUGUAAGGAAACUUCAAAUAAUAGAAGCUAACAGAUUAUAUCACAGACAGACAGAUUUCUAGUGCCAAAUUCUUAUCUGCAUUGCCAUAGAAGUAAAAGAAAUGCUCUGGCUCUUAACUUGGCAAGCCACUGUCUCUCUCUUAAUCCCUUCACUAUUGCUUCUUACUUAUAUAUAUGCACACCGACCUCAUUAAUUUUCUUGAAAGAAUUAAUCUAUGGCUGCCGCUAUGGUGUUUAAUCAUGCGCUUUUGUAUCUAUCUCUGAUAUGGAAGGCAACAUGAUCAUAGAUUCAGGGCCCUGAAAAAUACUAGCAAAAUAGAGAGAAUCACCUUAUGUAUCUACUAUUGCAUUUUCUUAUCUUGAUAGAUUUUGUAGCUAAUAUAAACCCAACAUUCAAUAUCUUGAUAAGUUAAAAUUAAACUGCUAUGUAGGCUUUUGUUUACCGAGGAUUCGAAUCCCUCUUUUUCUGUACCUUCACAUAAUUUAUUGAUGAAGGAUUCCUCGAAAAGUUAAGGAUUAGUAAUCCUUUUUAGAAAUCGAAUGGAUUCGGUCUUAUACAUACGCAAGGAAAGUAAUCAAAA